GGCUGUUGCCCAAAACCCUGGAAAUGCUUUUCAAGGAAUGAGUAUUGGAACUCUGCCCAUCUCGCCCUGGAGGAAAUGCCUCAGCUGACGUCUCUGUAGCUCCGAGCCGGCGAGUUAAGGACCUGUUGCUUCGGAGCCGCGCGGCAGCUCUGUCCCCAGCGGUACGCCCGUCAGCGCCGAGGAAAUGUUUGCUGUCCACUUGCUGGCGUUUUAUUUUACAAAGCUAAAAGAAGAUCAAAUAAAAAAGGUCGACAGGUACUUGUACCAGCUGCGCCUCUCCGACGAUGCCCUGCUGGACRUCAUGGCUCGCUUCCAGGCCGAGAUGGCCAAGGGCCUGGGCCGCGACACCAACCCCACGGCUGCCGUCAAGAUGCUGCCCUCCUUCGUGCGCUCGCUGCCCGACGGAUCCGAGAAGGGCGACUUCCUCGCCGUGGACCUGGGCGGCUCCCAGUUCCGCGCCCUCCGGGUGAAGGUGUCCCAGGAUGGGAAGCAGAGCUGCCAGCUGGAGAGCCAGUACUACCCCACACCRCCGGAGGUCCUCCAGGGCAGCGGAGCCGAGCUCUUCGACUACGUCGCCGGCUGCCUGCUGGACUUCAUGGAGUCCAGGAACCUCACGCAUAAGAAGCUGCCCCUUGGCUUUACCUUUUCUUUCCCGUGCAGGCAGACCAAGCUCGAAGAGGGGGUGCUGCUCAGCUGGACAAAACACUUCAAGGUCCGGGGCGUGCAGGACACGGACGUGGUGAGCGCCCUGCGCAAGGCCCUCGAGAAGCACAAGGGCAUCGAUGUAGAUGUCCUGGCGCUCGUCAAUGACACCGUGGGAACCAUGAUGACUUGCGGAUAUGAAGACCCRCGCUGUGAAGUUGGACUUAUAAUCGGCACGGGCACCAACGCCUGCUACAUGGAGGAGCUGCGGCACAUCGAGCUGGUGGAGGGCGACGAGGGCCGCAUGUGCGUCAACACGGAGUGGGGCGCCUUCGGCGACGACGGCGCGCUCGAGGAYAUCCGCACCGAGUUCGACCGCGAGCUCGACCAGGGCUCGCUCAAUCCCGGCAAGCAGCUGUUUGAGAAGAUGAUUAGCAGCCUGCACCUGGGUGAACUUGUAAGACUCAUUCUUGUCAAGAUGACAAAGGAAGGUCUGCUCUUCAAUGGGAAGGUGUCAACAGCUCUGUGUACUAAGGGCAAGAUYGAAAUGAAACAUGUGGCUGCAAUGGAGAGGUAUAAGGAAGGUCUGAGCAACACCAAAGAGAUCCUCACGGAGCUGAACCUCUUUCCCUCGGAGGAGGACUGCCUUGCUGUCCAGCACGUCUGCACCAUCGUUUCCUUCCGCUCCGCCAACCUCUGCGCCGCGGCCCUCGCUGCCAUCCUCGCGCGCCUGCGGGACAACAGGAAAGCGCUGCGGCUGCGCACCACCGUGGGCAUCGACGGCACCCUCUACAAAGCCCACCCCCAGUACGCGAAGCGCCUGCACAAGGUGGUGAGGAGGCUGGUGCCCACCUGCGACGUGCGCUUCCUGCUCUCGACGAGCGGCAGCACCCGCGGCGCCGCCAUGGUCACGGCGGUGGCGCGGCGGCUGGCCGAGCGGCGCCGGCGCCUCGACGCCGUCCUCGCGCCCUUCCGCCUCUCCCCGCACGCCCUCCGGCAAGUGAAGGGCAAGAUGAGGAGGGAGCUGGAGCGCGGGCUGAGGAGGGACAUGCAGGGCACGGCCACCGUGAAGAUGCUGCCCACGUACGUCUGCGGCACGCCGGAUGGGACAGAGAGAGGAAAGUUCCUCGCCCUCGAUCUCGGCGGCACCAAUUUCAGGGUUCUGCUGGUCAAAAUUAGAAGCGGGAGGAGGAAAUCGGUGCGGAUGUACAACAAAAUCUUUGCCAUUCCUUUGGAGAUCAUGCAAGGGACAGGGGAAGAGCUCUUUGACCACAUUGUGCAGUGCAUAGCAGAAUUCCUGGAGUACAUGGGGAUCAAAGGCGCCCGGCUGCCUCUGGGCUUCACCUUCUCCUUCCCCUGCAGGCAAGCCAGCAUUGACAAGGGAACGCUCGUAGGUUGGACGAAAGGUUUUAAGGCAACGGAUUGUGAGGGGGAAGACGUUGUCGAUAUGCUAAGGGAAGCCAUCAAGAGGAGGAAUGAGUUUGACUUGGACAUUGUGGCAGUGGUGAAUGACACUGUGGGGACGAUGAUGACCUGUGGCUACGAGGACCCGAAGUGCGAGAUUGGCCUCAUUGCAGGAACGGGCAGCAACGUGUGCUACAUGGAAGACAUGAAAAACAUCGAGGCCGUGGAGGGCAACGAAGGGAAAAUGUGCAUCAACACAGAGUGGGGGGGCUUUGGUGACAACGGCUGCAUCGACGACAUCAGAACCGAGUAUGAUCGAGAAGUGGACGAAGGUUCCCUAAAUCCAGGCAAGCAGAGGUAUGAAAAGAUGACGAGCGGAAUGUAUCUAGGGGAAAUAGUGAGGCAAAUUGUGAUCGACUUGACCACACAAGGCCUGCUGUUCAGAGGGCAGAUCUCGGAAUCACUGAGGAAGAGAGGCAUCUUUGAAACAAAAUUCCUGUCUCAGAUUGAGAGCGACCGGCUGGCGCUGCUGCAGGUGCGGCGCAUCCUGCAGCAGCUGGGCCUGGACGGCACGUGCGAGGACAGCAUCGUGGUGAAGGAGGUGUGCGGCGCCGUGUCCACGCGCGCCGCCCGCCUCUGCGGCGCCGGCCUCGCCGCCCUCCUCGACAAGAGGAGGGAAGACCAGGGCAUGCAGCGCCUGGAGGUCACCGUCGGCGUGGACGGCACGCUCUACAAGCUCCAUCCGCACUUUUCCAGGGUGCUGCGGGAGACGGUGCAGGAGCUGGCGCCGCAGUGCGAUGUGACCUUCAUGCUCUCCGAGGACGGGAGCGGCAAGGGAGCCGCGCUCAUCACGGCCGUGGCGAAACGGCUGCGCCAGGCCGGGGAGAACUGAGGGCACGCGGUGGGGUCGGCCCUGUGCUCAGGAAAGGCUGGGUUUGGGCUCAACAGCUUUUCUUUUGCCCCKUGGUGACUGGGCUCAAGGUUUCUGCCGGCGUUACGGAUGCUGCAAGCUACCUGCACCUCAUACCUAGUGCACAUGAGGACUUAAAAAAAUAAAGUCCAGCAUAUCUUCUUGCAGCGGCUUAAGUUGCUGCCCCACAAUUGAGUUUAUCGCCCGGUUUCUUAGGCUUUGGGGGGUUUAGUCCCUGCCUUUAGGGAUAUUAAGAUCCUAGUGUUGCAUGCAUCCAGCCAACAUGUUCCCUCAGCGCUUCGCAGACUUCACAAUAAAUCUGCAGCUAAACUAAA